AUUGCCAUCGACCUUGAAGAACUUUUGACAACAUGUCAUCCGUGUUAAAAUCACCUUACAUGAGAUUAAACACAUGUGACGGCCUGAUUGGCCAAGAAUAUGACAAAUACAAGUGUUUCAACUUUUGGAUAUUCAACUUUUACAAAAUAUUUAAAGACAACCUAGAGUCCGAUGAAUUGAUUAUGGGUAUAAAACCAAAAGACGUAGUUCACGCGAUAGCAGGCUUGUUUUUAGCCAGUCUUCAGUCGAUGUCCAAGACGAGUGUAUACGAUACACUGUCAAGAAAAAACUCAUAUUCUAUUGUUUGCUUUGCUGACCUAGCCAGCGCAGCCUCUCACAUACAACGAAAUCUGAAGCCAAAUACACAGGUAGUUAUAUACAAUUGCUAAAUUACUAAGGAAAGAUAGGAAUUCACGAGGAGUUAAAGCCGGAUACCAUAUCAUCACUUUCGUCUUGUAUGGAUGCUAUAUAUUUCGAGCAGAAUAAGAAGAGCGACGAUAUGUCUGAAAAUGAUAAACCAGAUAUUAACGAUUUCAAGCUUGUCUAUCCCAGUGAAUUUUCAAAUUCGUCAAGUGAAGAAACAUCUCCUUUAAGUGAUGAAACAGGAGUGUUAAAUUCGUCUUCUUCAGAUCACAAUGAAAACUCUUUACGUAGCAGUUGCAGUGAAAGUGGUGAAGAAAAUCCCAAACUUAAGUGUGGAUACCAGUCAUUUAUUGGAGCCUGUAUUGGCCGAAGGCUGAUGUUAUCUCGUUUGGUAGCAUCAAUGGAUAUUGAAACUGAUGUCGUUAAUCACCUGGCUAAAUAUCUAUCGGCUGAAAACUUGGUGGUUGCAGCCUGCACAUUUAGAAAGCGGCGGCACAAAAAGAAUCAACGCAUAAUUCACUUGAAUUUACUUGCUGUUCGACGCCACCUAAGAAGGCAAAAGCUCGGCUCUAUUAUGUUGCGGUAUCUAAAGAGACCUGACAUAAGCGGCUAUUAUGAUGCCCUCAUUGUGCAUGCUGAUUUGGAUGCUGUUGGCUUUUUUGAGAAGCAUGGUUUUACUGAUGACAUUCUGUUGAAUCAUUUUUGGGAGGAUUUUACUAGUGAGUACAAAAACUGCAAAAUAAUGACUUACGUUCCGGGAUACAGUGAUCAGUACUGCUCUGUAGCAAGUUGCUCACCGCUUCCAGAAGAGACAAACUGCGGCAGCUGGAUUAAGAAGCUCGACGUGAACAUCAGGGAAUGGCAACAUAAUGCACAGCUGACUCACCGCAACCAAUAUGUGUUGUACCGUAAGAUGAGAAACGAAAUAAUUGAGUUGCAAAACCUCGUAAAUCUCCAAGGAAAACACAUCUCAGAACUAUACAAGGAGUUACAGGAAACGUAUACAACUCUGCUACGCUUACAGUCGUCGGAUGCAGGCAAAGAUGAUUCAACAAAUUGUGGCGAUCACCCAGCUCGUGUUUUAAUGCGGCUCAAGGAAGUGGAAGAGUAUCUUGCCACUAAUAUUACCAAGACGUCAACUACGUCUCCAGAUCAGCUGUGUCUACGUCGGCUCUCUGCUCAGACCAUUCCAACGUGUAACCAGGAUGCAGACAUAUGUAGAGAAAAAGAUCUGAAAGUGGAAUCAAACGUAUCAGACGAAACAAGUUCAGCAAAUAUUUACGUAGCUAAUGGGCUACUGCAUCAUGGUGACCUUUACACCAUUGAUUCUUGAAUUUCGUUGUAUCCCUCAAGCCCCGCACAAUCAGAGAUACAAGUACAAUACGCAGACUGAAAUUUUUCUUUAGUAUUUUACUCUGGACAGUGGUAUUCACCAAAGGAUAAGAGAUUAAUCUUACAUCAUAGUUAAUUACCUCCAGAUUUCACUUUCAGCAGAACAUUUGUUCCCUUGGUUCACAACGAAUGAGCUAUGUUCCGUUUGCAAACCAGCUUUGUACAUCGGAGAAGGUUCGACCGCCGUUAUAUAGUAAGCUAUACCAGAUUUGG